GAUGUCAACUUGUCAUACCAAGAUCUGGGACACAGAUAUCAGCUUGAAAAUUUUGUCCGUGUUUUAAAGAGACUCAUUCGUGUGAAAAGACUUAAUCUUGCUGACAAUACUCUUACCAAUUUGCAGUCCGUUUCUUUGCCAAGAUGUACACACCUGACAUUGUGCAUGAAUUAUUUUGAACACUUUAAGUACCUUCCCAAAGCCCCACAAUUGAAGAUCUUAAACCUUGCUGACAAUCAUAUCCAAACUCUGGAUGGACUUGCAGUAUUAAGGAAGCGGACACCUCUGGAAAGUUUAGACUUGAGAGGUAAUCCCCUCGUCUUCACAGAGAAUUAUCGAUACAGAGUAUUCAAGACUUUACCAGAUUUAAAGGAACUUGAUGGUAUUCCAAAACUGUCAACUGACGAUACACAGGAAUAUUAUGGUGAUAAUGCAUCCUCCUGUGUAGUAUCUUAA